AUGCAAGACCCACCGCAACGUGGGCUGUAUUUUCAUACAAAUCGCAAGCUCCAGGGCGUCACGCUGGGCGGUAUUGGUGGACAGCAUCCAGCAAUGGGACACGCUUCCUACUCAAAUCGUGUUGCAUACGCCCUCGACCCACGGGUCAACGGCAAUGUGGGUACUCGCAUUGAUGUGACGGCUGACGAGGAGACUAGAUACGAGUCGUUCAUCCUCGCUGAGGACGAGAAGAAGGUCGAGGUUGAACCAGAGACUCGUGAGUAUCAUGGAGCCCCGCGCGCGUUGUAUGGAAUAUCCUAGCUGACAGUCACAACAGGCGUCCCCAAUGCGUCCAUGUUCACCUUCAACAAGGAGGACCACACGCUUGGCAAUCUCCUCCGCGCGAAGCUCGUCAAAUCCGAGCACGUCCUCUUCGCCGGCUAUCAAGUUCCACAUCCACUCUUCGCGACCUUCAAAUUACGCGUGCAGACCGACGGAGAGGUAACGCCGAAAGAGGCGGUCGUGCAAGCUUGCAAGGAGUUGGUCGGAGAGCUACAGCAGCUCGAUCAGGAGUUCACCAAGGAGUUCGAGCUCAAGAAGAUUGCAGGCGCUGGUGCAGAUCUCUAG